GUUGCCAUUCCAGUAAAUUCAGUUUGAAGUUAUCUGUCUUUCUUCAUGUUUCUGGUUACCUAACUGCACUGAUACUUGCUGAGUUUUUUAUGCAAAGGGAGUGACAAAAUAUUGGAAAACUUAACUUAUCUGACUUAUCAAACUGUCCGUGGUUUGUGGAUUUGCUGUUCCGCCCCGUGACUGUUCAAGUUUGUCCCUGUGUUGUUGCCGUCAUGCCGGGCGUCGUGGACCGAAUGGAGCUGAGGAAAGUCCCCACUCUGGACGAUGACAGUCAGGACAGUCUGGAGGACCACUACCCCGACCCCAUUGACUCUGAGAAGGCCACCAUCAGCAGCAGUCAGUAUCUGGAUGACAACGAAGACGCAGAGAGUCAGAAGUUUCUGUCAAAUGGACUCAUGAAGAAGAAGAAGUACGAAGAGUACCAUGAAGAAUAUCAUCCUGGACACGCCUCCUUUGGCAUGUCUGUUUUCAACCUCAGUAACGCCAUCAUGGGCAGCGGGAUCCUGGGGCUGUCCUACGCCAUGGCCAACACAGGCAUCAUUCUCUUCACUGUUUUAUUGAUUGGAGUGGCCAUCCUCUCACUCUACUCUGUGCACCUCCUGCUGAUGACCGCCAAAGAAGGAGGGUCACUAAUCUAUGAAAAGCUGGGGGAGAGAGCAUUCGGAUGGCCAGGGAAAAUGGCAGCUUUUGGCUCUAUUAUAUUGCAGAACAUAGGAGCCAUGUCAAGCUACCUCUUCAUUGUGAAAUAUGAGUUACCAGAAGUCAUACGGGCAUUUUUAGGACUGGAGGAAAACUCUGGUGAAUGGUACAUGAAUGGGAACUACCUGGUGGUGUUUGUCUCCAUCGGCAUCAUUUUACCUUUGGCCAUGUUGAAAAACCUCGGUUACUUGGGCUACACCAGUGGAUUCUCGUUGACAUGCAUGGUGUUUUUUCUGGGAGCGAUAAUCUAUAAGAAGACUCAGCUUCCGUGCCCUCUGCCGUUCUUCCACCACAACUUGGCCAACUUCAGUUCAAACAUCUCAGACAUGCACAGUUAUAACAGUACGGGGCUGAUGGACUUCUCCAGAGCAGAUGUGUCCCCUGUGCACAGUACCCCAGACGCCCACCACAUCACCGGGAUACAGUUUGAACCACACCCUGAUGCUGAAGAGAUGUGCACACCUAAAUACUUCAUCUUCAACUCGCAGACUGCCUACACUGUCCCCAUCCUGGCCUUUGCUUUUGUGUGUCAUCCAGAGGUGCUUCCUAUCUACAGCGAGCUCAAAGACCGAAGCAGGAAAAAGAUGCAGAAUGUCUCAAACCUGUCCAUCUUGGCUAUGCUGAUCAUGUACAUGCUGUCCGCCCUGUUUGGAUACCUCACCUUUUAUGAUAAUGUUGAGGCUGAGCUGCUGCAUACUUUUACGAAGGUCUAUAAGUUUGAUACGUUGCUGCUUUUGGUGCGUUUGGCUGUGCUGACCGCUGUGACCCUGACCGUGCCGAUUGUGCUAUUCCCGAUCCGUUCGUCCAUCACCACUCUUCUGUUCAGUAACCGUGAGUUCAGUUGGAUCAGACACAUGCUCAUCGCCGCUGGGAUCCUGGUCUUCAACAACCUCUUGGUCAUUUUUGUGCCCACCAUCAGGGACAUCUUCGGCUUCAUCGGGGCCUCUGCUGCCACCAUGCUCAUCUUUAUUUUACCUUCUGCUUUCUACCUGCGCCUGGUCAAGUCAAAACCUAUGAGCUCACCGCAGAAAAUUGGGGCGGCCAUCUUCCUCGUGGUGGGAGUCAUCUUCAUGAUUGGCAGCUUGUCCCUCAUCAUUCUUGACUGGGUGCACAACCCCCCAGGCUCCAGCGGCAGUCACUAAAAACAAAAAACUAUUUUGCUGAACCGUGCAGCGAAAACCAAUCACCUCUUUUUUGGAGACAGCCCUGUUUUUCCCUAUGGGGGGACAGCAGCUUUCUCUUUCUACAUUAAACAUGGUUACAGUAUUGACUCAUAUGCUGCAAUGGGAAGACAUCGACACAUAUCACUGGAGGAAAACUUUCUUUGUUGCUGCCAAGAUCAGGAUGUGAAAUAAUUUAACAAUCCCUAAAGAGAGAGAGAGGGAGACAUCCAACAUGGCAUCUGUACCACCAAGAAGGCGUCAUGAUUGAACAAGCUCGUCAUAUCCCGCUCUGAUGAGACAAUGGGCACCAGUGACUGUACCUCCUGUGCACUUGAAGACACUUGGAAACUAUGUAGUCCACUGAGACACAAGCAAAGCACUUCUUAGCAUUAACUUCCACUUUGAACGCACUGGCAAAGUGGAGUAGCCAAUCAUAAAGCAAUCAACUUCUCAUAGGCGGUUGGUCAGUUAGGCCUACCCAAAAUAUUGCAGAAAUACAGUUUAUUAUAAGGCUAGAAUCCUCAAACCGUGUGCAUUGUAGGUUCACCAGUUUUACUACCAUAGAGAAUCCGUCAAUAUGAAUGCACAGCAUGUUAGCCAGUGGACAGUCUCCUUAUUGCCUUUUUAAUCGAACAACUAACAAUUUUUAACACGUGAUUCUGAUUGGCUUUGCAUUGCUUCACAAAAAGUAACGUUAGCCUAAUUUAUUUAAGUUAUCCAAAUCAGGGUUUCACAGUGAUAAAUUAUUAAACAGCUGUAUGCAGUUGUCAACACACAAGCCAAGUACAAUCAAUACUUCAUCUGUGCCAUAAGAAACAAGCAGCUUUAUUUAAUUAAGUUUUGAAAAAUAACACUUUUAUUUUUCUAACAUUUUAAUAGGCCUACAUGUAUUGUUAUGUAAUCAAAGUGCCUGGGCUAAAUCGAAUGUGUCCAACUUUAAAUAGCUUAAAUUGCUUUCUAAUUUAAAUUAAGCUAAAAUCAAUUGAGAGCGAAGAACGUUGUCAUUUGUAUUGGCAUUUGCAACAUCAAAAGAUAACUAAAAAUAUAGGCGUUUGAUCAACCAAGUCAAACAAAAACGUGUUCCCUCAUUGCAAAAGCCAAAUAGUUUUUAAAGGGUCAGGGGCACCUCGGUAUAAAACAAAUUCAAUUCACCUCACAGUUAAUUUAAUCUUGAGCACAGAUUGUCGUGUAAUUAUAAUAAGAACUUUCACUUAAAACUUUAACUUGUGACAAAUUGAAGCUAUUGGAUUUUAAUCAAGGUAAUGCAUGUGCUGAAAAACAGGCAGCAUUAGGCCUAGUGUUUGUUGAGUCCACUGAAAAAUGACAGCACAUUUAUACCAAACACAUUCUGCGUCUAAAUCACUACAUCAUAUACGUACAAGGUUAUACUAGUAUAAUAUCCAUGCAUUUAUGUAUUGUUUAUCACAUACCAGCAAAUAAGUCUUCCUAUCACCCCAGACACUUUCUCGUUUCAGGUGUUACCAGGCCAACCAAUGUGAUGUAGUAAUGUGCCCUAGAUCUUAAAGGUGCUCUGUGUAACUUUUAGGUUGGGGGUCUGAUUACCGACUUUCUUAUAUGCAGAUGUCAUUGCUCUGCCUGGAAUGUUCCAUAGUGUGAUAUGAAACAGUUUUACCUUAAAUUUAUUCAAUUGCAGGUGGUUUUAGAGCUCAAAAAUACCUAGAAAACAGGCAUUCUGUGAGCGGGGUUUCCUCUCCACAGAUCUGACCUGUAACUUGGUUCGGUUUGGUCUCCAUGAAGAUAGAAAGGUUUAAUACCAUACUGUGAAAUAUUCCAGACAAAGCAAUAGCAUCUCUAUGGAGAAAAGCGAAAUGAAAGAGAAAAUUUGACAGUCCCCCCACCAGAAAACUUUAACUCAAGAAUCAUACCCCUUGUAGCACAUAGACACACAAUAGGGUCCACUCUUUUCAUACAGACUUAUUAUGAGGUGUGCCUUUGAGUUUUUCCCACAGAUACAUUUUAUAUAUUUUGGUGCCUCCUCUCUCUGCCACGUUUCAUGUCGUGAACACAUCCAACCAAAGUGGACAGCCUUUUAUAGAUCUUUUGUGGAUCUAUGUACAUGAGUCGAAUAGAUAUUUCAAAUGAAAUAGUGUAUUAUGUGCAUGUUUUUGGAUUCAAACUUGGUCUUUUUGGACAUUUGUAUAUGCUCUGUAAAUAUUAUUUUAUGGUACACUGUUUGUUUGCGUGGGUUGUUAGGGGUUGUUCAGCCUUAUUCAAGUCAAUGGCAAUCCACUGUUAUGUUUUAGUACAUACUAUAUAUAUCUAUAAAUAUAUUGUGCUUUAGUUUUUGCUCUUGCUGUAUGACAGUAGUGUUUUACCUUUCUUUUAAGCUUGUAUAUUUUUAGAAUUAUCUAUCUAUCAUUUAACUAUUUUUUAUCUACAGUCUAUUUCAAGCUAUGAUCACGUUUGUGGGCUCCACUGACCAAAAUUCACUUGAAGUCGAAGUAUUUCUUGCAAACAGUGCCAUAUCACCUUUUAAAAGUACAGUAACACUAUAAGCUGGGUUCACAAUUCAGUGUAACGUUGUCAAUGUAACUAAAUGCAUGCGAAGUCUCACUCACUGCUGUCAUGCAAUCGUCGUAAAACUUUUGGUGGGGUUUACUUGACUUGAGGUAUGACGUUACUUGAAAUGGCUCAUUCUCUGAUCGUAAUGAAUGUUUAAAGUAAUUUUCAUGAUUAUUCUAAGUGAUUUUGAUUGUAAUCCUUGUAACUAUAUAUUGUGGCUUGUUCCUGCUAUAAUAUUGGUUGUUAAGAUUCUAAUCAGACAAUUAUACCAACGUGCAUCUUAAAAAAAUAUGAAAGCUCUUAAAUUUGCAACUAAAUUUCAAAGUGCUCUUCUCUUGGGAAUUGGAUUAAGUGUAUAUUUUUGUAUGAUAUUCAUAGAUAUUCAUUGGCUUAUUUUUUUAUUAAAUUGAAGGCAUUAAGCUGUAAACACAUUCCUGAAUAAGUUUAAUUUAUUUCAGUGGCACAUAAACUAAAUAAUAUACCAUAUUAGCUAUAUUACAAGAAGUUUAAACCAUUGCAUUUUGACUAGACUAAAUACAGUUUAAUCUUAUGUUAGUAACUUGUCUGAGUAGAACCACUGGAGUCACUUGUAAUCAACCUUUUAUUCUAUUAUGAAUGUAAUCAGAUAACAGUUCAUUUGGUUUUGAUAUUAUUCAUUAUAAUGAUUGUUAUGAAAUCUUAACAUCUAUGAUUCAUUAGAUUUGACAUGAAAUGGUUAAUUGAAUCUAAUAAUUAAAACAUAUAGGCCUAGUGUUGGCAUAAAUAGCAGGACACCACAGUGCAUGAACCCCAGUUUAUACGGACUCAGGUUUGACCCAAAUACCUGUCCCCUGUCUCACCUGUCCUCCCCUUUGCUUGAUUGAGCCGAGCUGUACAAUCCUGUCCUAUGUUGUAUAUACUGAGUGUAUAUAUGUGGGCUUUGGACCUGUGGUUGUGGUCCAUAGCCUUCAGUAGACAGUGCUUGUAGAGAUACACCUACACACCUGCCUUAUUUUUCUAUGGAGCCUCGGCCAGGAGGAGCUCGGUCUCCUGUGGAUCAGGCUGAACAUUCACGUUUGUAUUUUGAACCCAGUCAAAGGGGAUGUUUUUGUAUCGGUGACGCUGUUUCGUUAUGAUGAAUACAAAUAAAAAUGUGAAAGAGACAA